AUGUUGCUCAUCUUAGCCUUCUGUUCCGACUUUACUCGACUCCGCUUCCCGUUCGUUGCGCUGGGGUUUGCCUUUACUUGCAUUGGAUUCGUCAUUUUCUCGGCUGUCGAUGUUACUACGCAAGUGAAUGUCGCUUACUUUGCCUGCUUUAUGAUGGCCUGUGGAACCAGCGCUCCGAGCGUCAUCCUUGAUAUCUGGUACAACAACAACAUUGCCGAUAAGAAUAGGCGUAUGAUGCUCACGACUAUCGGAGUACCAGUCGCCAACUUUAUGGGCGUAGUGUCCAGUAACAUCUUCCAAGCCAAAGAUGCGCCGAAAUAUCUCCCAGCCUUGAUCACCAAAGCGCAAGCACGCGAGAAAAAUACUGGGUUGAUGUGGGAUUUAUGGGGAACCAGAUUCCCGGCAAUAAGGAAGACCUCAAGUCUAUAG